CGACUAAAAUGUCCUACAAGAAAAAUACUCAGACUAUAAGAAAAGACACGAAAAUACUCAAAAUAGAAAAAACCUGCAUGUUAAACUUAUAAAGGCAGCACCAGGGACCAGAUUUUUAACGUAAGAAAAAUAGUGAAUCAAAUUUAAGAAACAAAUAUAAGAGACAGCACCUACCGGAGGCACAAACCAGCGACUUAGAAAACGGCAACUCCACCUACCUGCAACGCAAUAGACCAUAGAGAUAACUAUAAAGUAUUAUUCCAAUCUAAAGUAUUUCCCCAGUAUGUAGGCCUAAUUACCACCUAGUAGUCUAUCUAGCUGAGCCCCCGACAUUUGUCUUUAACAACCAUUUCAACAAAGCCAAAGCAGCACCUAGACAUAUAUUACGCAAAAAUGGCUCUAUGUAACUGUAUUUUUUUCAAUACGACAUGUGGACAACAUAAAUACACUACAUAUAGAAGCUUCAAGCAGUACAAACCUUUGUUUUCCUCAUGACAACUGUGGACUCAAUGGAAUAAAAAUAGAGUGAACCAAUACCUAAGUUAAAAACUAUUUUUAUGGUGCCAUUUAUUCAUCAAAUGUUUUCACUAGAAUUAAGCACAAUAACUGAGAGAAUUUCAACUUCAAGUUGUUGCAAAUUUAGAUCUAUGCUCAACUUUUAGAAUGUAUAGACUAUAUUAGAAGUAUUUUGUUUAAAUUUAAAUUUUGUUGCAAAAAAGACUUAUAUUUAAACUAUAGAUGUCAGUUUGUCUAGCUCAGACUGAUCUAGCAAUUUGUUCAAGUCUUAGUAAUGAAAAUCAAGAUACAGGUACCGUUUUGGUUUGUACAUGUUUUGAUAGAGAAUUUUUUUGUAUAUUACAUUUCAGAUUCUCAUCACUUUACCAGUGACCAUUCCAAAGUCCAGUCAGAUGAUGUUGAAGGUCCACUAAUUGGUGAUCAUGAAACUCAGGAGUCAGAAGGUGGAGAAGCUGAUCUACACAAAUAUCUUGUUGGCUGUGAGAAGAAUCCAGGUCAUAGACAGUUUAUACCUGUUGAUACAUUCACCUUGAAACAUUUACCUGAAGACCUUCAAGACAAAGAUUUGUAUGAUUACAUCAAAGCUACAGCUGACAAGACAGUUAGAGUGAGUGUUGAAAUGUCCAGUCCACACAGACCAGAGUUUUGGCCAAAGACAACUCGACCAUAUCCAUUUUAUAACAAGAGUGAGAGAAGAAACUUGAGGACAGGAAGUGGAAGAGUGAGGUAUGUAUACAAGUUUCAAGAUGGAGUCUUACAAGAUGGAGGUCCUGGACAUACUGACUACACAAAGUGUUGGUGUAGAAAAUGUGAAGGUUCAAACUCACCCAGCAAUAUGUGGUGGGAGUUUUAUGUGACCACAGCCACACAUGUGGUUUUUGAUGACAUUGAGGCCAGCCACACGACCUUGAGAUUGUUUUAUGAUAAAGAUGAAAGUCCAGUGGUCAGGGUUAAUAAGGUCAGUGUUACAGAUGUAAACAUUGAGUAUGACAGGUGUAGGUUGAAAUGUGUGACAUGUGACAAAAAUGUAGGAAAUAAACUAAUGGAAAUGUGGAAACAUUUUUUUAAUGUCUGGGGGAAAGUCAGGGACAAAUACAAAGACUCUAGAUCUAAUCACAAGUUUACCUUUAUAGUGUCACAUCCUCAUGGAUGUUCUAAACAGGUCAGUGUUGGUCACUGGAAGGACAGACUAAAGGUGAGUGAACGUAUAUCUAAGUUUACUUAUACAAAUUGUACAUGUCCAGGAAGUAGUGGAGCAAAUGUCCAGUGUCUAGAUUAUCAUGUCCACUGGACUUGGUUUAAUCUUGUCCACAGUGGAAGUUUCAAGCCAGGAUUAAAUUACAGCGGAGUUAUUUAUGUCCACCGUGAAGAUGUUUUUCUUUGAGAACCCUUGACAUUCUGAGCAUCAAACUCAAAUGGCUCUUUAGUUUUGAGGUAAAUACAUUUAUACUUUUUGGUAAAUAACUGUAGAUUUGUUCACUAGAAUCAUUGUGUUUUGGAAAAAUAAACAAAAAACAACUUGUUAAUGACUUGGUCAACUUUUUUUUUAUGUAAAUAAAGGAUAUCUUUAAAUUUACAA